ACCGAGGCAGCGUUUCUGCAUUGCUGAGUGAGGCUCCAAGGCGGAGGAUGGCUACAGCAGAGGAAAGAAAAGACGAGAGGCUUCCGCUGGUCAGCGGGGAUCAUGGAGAUGACAAGCACGUGGCAGCGGAGAAGGCCCACUUCUCCUGGAGGGCGCUGUGGCCCAAUCUCGGCCUGCACGACUGGAAGGGCAUCGCUAUCCUGCCCUUCCUCAUCACCCUCAUGAUUGGCGGCGUCGUGUGGCCGCUCGUGCCGCCUGGGCUGCCUGCCAAGGUCAGAACUGAGUGCAGCGCGCGAAUGCAUUCAGGAAAGGGCUGUUGUUGAUGCUGUUGUUGUGGCGCAGACGUGGCAUUUGUUCGUUAUAUUCGCUUUCACCAUCUUUGGCAUCAUCACAGGUCAGCCAUGGAAGCAAUCACACGCGUCGGGCGUCAUGGAAGCAACAUUCCCAAUCCUGCGUGUCUGUCUGUCUGUCUGUCUGUCUGUCUGCUCGCAUCGCAGCCCCCCUGCCAGUGUCGGCCGUCGCCAUCGUGGCCAUCGCCGUGUCGCUCACCACCCGCACCCUCCCCAUCGCCAGCGCCCUCUCAGCAUUCGGCGCGCCCGUCGUGUGGCUCAUCGUCUUCGCAUUCUUCAUUGCACGGGGGUUCAUCGUCACCGGCCUCGGCAAGAGGCUGUGCUACAUUGUGCUGGGGCAGGUGGGCCAGUCGUCACUGGGGCUGGCGUAUGGUCUGACAGUGGCUGAGUUGGUGCUGGCGCCUGCUGUGCCGUCCAACACGGCGAGAGGUGCGGCGGUGCUGCUGCCGAUACUGCAGCCGCUGCUCAAGGACGCGUUUGCGUCGGACCCUGCGCUGAAGACGGAGAAGAAGAUCGGCUCGUUCCUCGGUCGGUGACUGACGGAUGGGGGGAGGGAAGGACUGCACUGCAUGUGGCAGAUGUGCGUUUGUUGUCCUCGUGUGUGUGUCUUGGGGGGGCAGUGAUGGUGGCUCUUCACGCAAACUGCGUGACGUCGGCUCUCUACCUCACUGGCUGCGCCGCAUCCGCCCUCACCGCCAGGAUGGCACUCUCAGCCCUCGGUGGGGUCGGUGGGCGGACAACACCCAGACAGACAGACACCGUGGUGCAUCAAAGACGAAUAUGCGUCUCUCUCUCUCUCUCUCUCUGGCUGGCUGUGUGUGUGUGCACAGGUGUGGAGCUGGGAUGGAUGCGUUGGUUCAUGGCGAUGAGUGUGCCGGGUGUGCUGGACGUCGCCCUGAUGCCUUUGGUGCUCUACUGGGCAUACCCACCAGAAGUCAGGACCACCCCCGAGGCCCCACAGCUGGCGAGGGAGAAGCUCAAGGAGAUGGGCCCGCUCACCAGGAAAGAAAUCAUCAUGAUUGGUCCGUCAUGUCAGCCGGCCAGCGGCCCAUUCACUCACUGACACACAGAGAGAGAGGAGAGGUGGAUGGCCCAAUGUGUGUGUGCAGGUACGUUCGUGUUGUUGAUAUUUUUGUGGAUAUUCGGUGACCUGUUCAAGUUCAUCGACGCGACCUCGACCGCCAUAGUGGGUGUGGCCAUCCUGCUGCUGACCGGUGUGCUUGACGUCACCCAACACAUCAUCACAGAGAAGGCCGCUUACGACACAAUGCUCUGGUUCGCAACCCUUGUCAUGCUCGCCGGUAGAAACACACACACACACACACACACACCCCGAGAGAGAGAGAGAGAGAGAGAGGGCGGGAUCGAGACAUUGUUUUGUUUGUGUGUGUGGGUCCAGGUAAUUUGACGAAGGGCGGUUUCUUCGACUGGCUGUCUGGUCACGUGAGCCCCACUAUGUCGAAGCUGCCGUGGCUGGUGGCCAUGAUCGUCCUCUCGCUCCUCUUCUACUUCUCACACUACGCCUUCGCAUCGCUCACCGCACACACCGCGUCGCUAUUCAGGUGAGUCUGUGUGAGUGUGUGAGUGUGAGCCGCCCCCCCGUGGAUGGAUGGCCUGAAGGAAGGGAUUGUGAUCUUGGGUGUGUGUCGCAUGUCGAUGGAUGCAGUGCCCUGGGUGUGGUUGCUGUGAGUGCUGGAGCGCCGGCCCCUGUGGUUGCUGUGAUGUUUGCCGCCUACUCGCCUCUCAGUGGAUGUCUCACACAGUACGGCAGCGGACCAUCGCCAGCGUACUUCGCAACGGGGUCAGUAGUAGAGACAGCACGAGAGACCUCUCUUUGCCCUACUCUCACCAUGUGUGUGUGUGUGUGGUGUUUGUGUGUAUGCAGGUAUGUGUCGGUGGUGGACUGGUGGAGGGUGGGUCUGAUUGUGUCUGCGUGGCACCUGCUCGUCUUCAACACCGUCGGCCUUCUAUGGUGGAAGGUCAUCGGACUCAUGUGAUACGACGAUGUGAGCAACGGCCCUGGUCCUGGUCCUGCCUGCCUGUCUGUGCAGCUGUGUUGCUAUGCUAUGUGAGUGUUUCUUCCACCUCUGAGAUGAUGAGCCGUGCGUCCGGUGGAUUCAUUCGGUGAUUUCUCUGUGUGUGUGACAGUGUCGGCUGUCUGUAUGUCUGUCUGUCUGUCUGUCUGUGUAAGGAAGAAACGGCAGCGCCCUGCCCCCCUCUGUCUCUCUUGCGUGACCUGGGAUCUCGAUGCAGCCGAUAUAAAUGGAGCCAGCCAGGCAGCCAGCCAAAGUCUGUGAGAUGACUGAGUGAAUGGAUGGAUGGACGGACGGAUAGCAAAGACACGAUGACGCAUGGGUUCGUGUGGGGCUACCGUACGUGUGAAUGCGAUGAAUGAAUGCGAUCAAUCGUUCG